GUACAUCCAGCGGAGACAUCACAUCCGGUGAUCCAUCCAUCCAUCAAGUCACAUGGCUGCCUUGCGCCAUUUUCGCGGUCGCUCAUCCAAGUCGACAGACACAAAUGCCAGUUCUUCUGUCUCCAUCCCAGGCGAUCCUCCAGCGUCUGAACCCUCUAGGUCACUAUCUGCCGCCCCGUCUGCCUCUUCAUCGAUUACUUUCUCGGCCCUUCCUGCCUCUCCCUCCGCCCUAUCUGCAUCUUCGCGCUUGGCUGCCGCUGUAGCUCGUCGUUUCUCGGCUGUCCUUUUUCGUUUUUUCGUCUUGAUCGAUUGGGCUUGCGAUGACAUCAGGGAUGCGGCACAGUUGUACAUGGUUAUGACAGGCGGAGAGAUUGAGGAUGAAGCGGUCAUCGUCAGAGUGCUGGAUUAACUUGGUAAUCUGCCCCCCCUUCGACAGUCAUGUUGAACGGAAAUCGCAAGUUGAACGGCACUUCCCUCCAGGACCCAGAAGUUCUUCGCUCCUGCAACUAUCUCCUGGCCAGUUGGACGGCCACUCAAUUGUGACGAUUGCGACUGGCGAGUGGAGAAGCUCGAUCACCCGACCAAAGACAACCUUGGCGUGCGGAUCCAAUGCAACAACCCAGCCUCCCUUCUGGAUCGCGUCACCACUCUGCGCUGUCAAGGUUUGCCCCGCUUUCCACAUCUCUGCUGUGCUUCCGUUUGGCAGUUUCGCAGACAAGGUUGAGUCUUGGUAUCUUGAUGCAUGCGUCGUCGUCCAUUUUCGGAGUGGAAUCCUCUUCGGCAUAGCCGAAAUGGAUCCUGGGCUAACAUCUUUUGGCUUGGUCCAACCCAGGAACUGCUGGAAUGUAGCGUCAUCCUGAAGGACCCGACAAACAGCAUCUCCAGCAUUAAUCCAAUGAUCCCGGUCAGCGUUGUACCAGAGGCCCCCGCACAGUGCUUGACGGUUGCUGUAAACCGAGCACAGUCGAAACACGGCAUUGUAGGACUCCUGGAUCUCUGUCGCGCUUCUGAUGGGGGGCCCAAAGCGUCGAAUGUCGUCUGCUAUCAUCGAAUGCAUCAAGAAUGUUCGCAACAGCAACUUCAAUUUCGGCCAGGUCCCCAGCUGCUUUCAUGAGGGAAAACUCCUCGGGUGUUGCGAUGCCGUGGACGUGGAAAGCAAGGGUUUGCAUCAAAGUCUUGAAAUGUUUCCCGAUAAGAUUGUUCUUGUACUGUAUCAUGUAUGCUGCCCGGAUGGGCGGAACGCUGAGGCCGCUCAAGUCUGUGGACUGGAGUCGAAUCGCAAAUGUAUUUCAUGAUUCCGAGAAGGACUGUAUGCAGCAGCUCGAUGGGUGUAUCCUGCGAUGGAUCAAGGCCAAGAAGAUCAAGCAAUGGCAAUAUCUUCCACCCCUGGCCGGGGAACGUUUGAUUUCAUUAACUUGAACUUGUCAAGCAGUACACCAAUCCAGUGUUGUGUAAUCUUGUCUUUUGUCCCCGUUGUUCUCUGAAGCUCUUCAAUUCGUUUCGAGUCCCCACGAGUUGCAAGCUCAAGCUGUCUUCUAAGGCAAGUGCGUAUCUCAGCUGUGUUUCGCAUGAUGCCCGGAUAGUGACACCGAUGAUAGAGUUCAUCAGAUUCCUUCUCGAUCUUUGUCCCGCCCCAAUGGCACUUUCGACAUGGAAAGUUCGCGUUACUUCCCAUAUGAGAAGACUCUUCGGACUGCUGUGGGUUGUCCGCAGGCAACGAUGGAACUCGAAGGAUGACACGGGCUUUUCGUUUAGUCGCUGCAUUGAAGCAUCGGAUGGGAUCAGUCUCGGUGGCCUUCACUUGGUCUCGAAAUGCGGAGAAUUGCUCAGGUGAAGUAGCAUGCGGUGAACUCGAGAGGAAAUGCAUGUGGAAUUCCUGCUGGAGGAGACGACCAGGGAGGCAACCGUUGCCUGUAUACAUAUUCAUGUGUUUAUUGUAUUGUUUCGAUCGGUUACCGGAGACAUCGUCGGCCCAGG